GUAGUCCUGAAGUUGAAAAAAAACAGGCUGAGCAGGACACUGAAAUCUAAAGUUACACAUGGAUAUACAUCAGUUUAGCACUGCAGAGUCAAAGAAGAAAGCAGGACUAAGUCCACUGGAAAAAGGUCUCAUUAUUCUAUCCAUUUUCCUCGGCAUCAUAAGCAUUGCUAUGAUAUCAGCUUAUGCAACAGGCAAGGAUAGUAUUUGCACAUCACAAGAGUGUGUCUCAACAGCAGCUCGAAUCAUAGCCAACAUGGACACUGCUACAGAUCCGUGCAAUGAUUUCUAUCAAUAUGCUUGUGGAGGAUGGCUAAAGAAAAACAGAAUUCCAGACAACAAUAUUAUUUAUAAUACAUUUGAGAUUCUCAGAACAGAUAUAGAAGUUGUUAUAAAAGAUGCCCUGGAGGAGGAGAGUGCAGAUGACAUUCCUGCAAUAAAAAAAGUGAAAACUUUCUACAAAUCCUGUACAGAUGAAACUACAAAAAAUCUCAGAAAAGGAGAACCCUUAAUUAAGUCUUUGACUGAUCUCUAUGAUUGGCCAGUAGCAGUGGACAACUGGGAGACCAGAUAUGGCUUGACUUGGUUUGCUGAAGAUUCUAUAGCAGGUUUCAUAGCAAAAUAUGGACGAUCUGGAUUAAUGAAUGUUUAUGUAGCUGAAGAUCUGACAAAUUCCAGUACCUACAUCCUCCAUAUUGAUCAGCCAGGACUGGGUCUCCCCUCACAAGAGUAUUAUGAUUGCAAAGAUACCUCUGAAAACGCAUGUUUGGCCUACAUGGAACAAAUGAUUUUGGUGGCAAUGCUUGUCCGCAAAGAAAGGAAUCUUACCAUUAACAAGGGCAAAAUUAGAUCAGAAAUGGAAAAGGUUUUUGAACUGGAAAGGGAAAUUGCAAUGGCAGAAGCCUCUGAAGAAAUGAGAGAAAAUCUCAAUAAUAUUUAUGAAAAAAUGGCACUUUCAGACAUUGCAAAGACAUAUCCUCUGAAAAUAAAUGGACAGAACAUUAACUGGUUGAAAUUAAUAAAUACCAUUAUUUCACCUGGUGGGGUUUCUGUUGAAGAGAAUGAGCAAGUCGUCCUUAUUUGCUCUGAUUAUUUAAAGAAAUUAAGGUUUUUAAAGAAAUAUAAAGCCAGGGAACUCCAGAACUACCUUGCCUGGAGGUAUAUCCUUUCGGUUUUAAAUGAUCUGAGUCUUGAAUACAAGAAUACUGGAAUUCGAAUGAAAAAGGCAUUAUAUGGAACUGCUGUGGAUGAGUCUGUUUGGCAGUCGUGUAUCACAUUCCUCAAUGACAACAUGGAGGAUGCAGUCGGAAGGUUAUAUUUAAAAGAAACGUUAUCUGCAGACAUAAAACAUGUGGUCAAAGUCAAGGAAAUAAUUGCAGAUAUUCGUAGAGCAUUUUUGGAAAUGAUGGAGGAGCUGGAGUGGAUGGAUGAAGAAACUAAAACACGAGCAGCAAGAAAGGCUGCAAACAUUGAUGCAAGGAUUUCUUUUUCUGAGGAUAUCAUGGAUGAUUUGAAGUUAAAUGAGAGUUAUUCAGAGCUGGAGUUCAAAGAGGAUGAAUUAUUUGAAAAUAAACAGAAAUAUAUAGAAUUUGUUCAAAAGAAAAUGGCAAGUAGACUGAGGGAACAGGUUAACAAACAUGAGUGGAUGCCUGGACCAGCUCAUGUAAAUGCAUUUUACUCACUUAUGUUUAAUGAAAUAGUGUUUCCUGCAGGGAUUUUGCAGCCUCCAUUUUUCAGUUUGUCACAGCCAAGCGCUAUAAACUACGGCGGAAUUGGCUUUAUCAUUGGACAUGAAAUAACACAUGGUUUUGAUAACAGGGGGUGCAACUUUGAUGAGCAUGGUCAUCUAGUGAACUGGUGGACCAAUGGAUCUAUGAUGAACUUCAGUAAUUUGUCCCAGUGCUUUGUGAACCAGUAUGGCAACUACUCAUGGGAUGAGGCAGGAGGUCAAUAUCUAAAUGGCAUCUCUACAUUAGAUGAAAAUAUUUCAGAUAACGGUGGAAUAAGAGGAGCUUACAGGGCCUUCAAGAACUAUGUGAAAAGUCACAGGGAAGAAGAUCUCCUCCCUGGAAUUGGCCUGGAUAGGGACCAACUAUUCUUUUUAAGCUUUGGACAGAUUUGGUGUGGAAUGCACAGACCUGAAUAUGCUGCUACUUUAAUAAAAACUGGUUCUCACACCCCAGGAAUAUUUAGGGUAAUUGGAACAUUACAGAAUUCACCAGAGUUUUCCAAGGCUUUCUCAUGUCGCAACAAUGCCUAUAUGAACCCAGCAGUAAAAUGUAAAUUAUGGUGAUGGUGGCACUAUACAAAGUAGUAUUUUGCUUGACACUGAAUAGGGAGGUAAUGGUACAGUGUUUUCUACAAAAGAUUUGAAAACAAACAGAAUCUGAAUAAAAAAAAAUAAGGUUAAGAACGUGUAUGGCAGUUACUGUUCAUUAGACAUGUUAUACAUCUCCUGUUACAACUUACAUACAGUAUUCAUACAAUCGCUGGCUUUUAAAAGACAUAAAAGUCAUCCAGGCUAGACUCUAAACAUUUUUUCAUCCCCUAGCACAGUGCUGUCCAAAUUCUGUGGUACCAAGGACCAGAAGUUUUGGGCCUACUUGGUGGAGGGAUA